GUACGCAGCUUUAUCUGAUUUUUUCAGUGCUGCCGGGGGCGUUGCUGGCACAUGGAAGAAUGCCAGCGGUUGGUUGCAAGGCCCUCCCUGCCAGCCGGGAAAGAUGGAGAGCUCAUGGCAUGGUGUUGCCUGCAAGGACUGCCAGGUGGUCGCUAUCUUCGUGGGACUCAACCGGCUGACAGGGCAUAUUUCGAAUUCCCUGAAUAACUUGACCCGCCUCUGGGAUCUGGACCUUUAUCAGAAUGAGUUGACAGGCCCACUGCCGCAGCAGCCCCCUCAAGGUUCAGGUGGCGAGGGCGUUCACGUGAACUUGGGGGAAAACCGACUGUCGGGGCCGCUUCCAGCAGCUUGGGCCCAGUCGCCGGAACUGGUGACGUUGAGAAUCUACAACAACAGCUUCUCAGGGCCGAUUCCGUCAGACUGGAGGCAAAGCAAGCGUCUUGAAUAUUUAGAUUUGAGGAGCAACUCUUUCGUGGGCGGAUUGCCGAUAUUGCUGCCUCCGAGCAUCCGGAAUCUAUAUUUGCAGGAUAACAGCUUCCACGGACGGCUUCCUGAUCAGUGGGCCCCCUUGCCGCUUCGGAACAUCCUUCUAGGCAACAACCGCAUCACUGGACCCCUACGGAGUUCAUGGGGUGAGAUGCCCUCGCUGGAAGCAUUUGCAGCACAGGGCAAUCAGCUUGUGGGUGAUGUGACUGAUGUCUUGGAGAAGUACAGAAAUCUUACACAGCUGCGAGUGCUCCUCCUACACAACAACCAGUUGUCUGGGUGUAUAAAGCGGCUACCCCCCUCCUUGUACGAGUCAUCUCGGCCACUCCGCCCGGAUGCACAGGUGCUCCUCUUUGGAAACCAUUUCUCUUGCAAGCUACCGACACCUCCGCAUAACGCGACGAACAUCACGGCUUUCGUCCUUCCUGGCAAUCGCUUCUCCCUGCCUUCAGAUCCUUUUGGCUGGUACACUUUGGAGGCCAAGUCUCCCUUGGCUGAACAUGGAUGGACGAAGACCAUGAUCUUUGUAGCCACCCUGCUGGUGCUACUUGCUGUGGUGCAGACUGCCUUGUGGGCUUGGCAUUGGUAUGCCCGCAGACUUGGGUUCCAGGCCAGAUCAGUCAGGCACGUGUUCGGAAGUGUCCCUUUCUACGUUCACACAUUCUUCCUCCUGGACGCAAUCGCCAUGAUUCUGUGCAUGUUGUUGUGGCCGCAGCUGAAUCUGUAUACGUGCCCGCCUGUUUUAGAAUCAUGGUCUGCAGCCAACCUCAAUCCCUUGAGCUCUUCUGUUGUGCCUUAUGCUAUUCUGAGCUCUUUGCUUGGCUUCUCUUCUGGUCGAGCUCUGAGAUAUGGCCUCCGGCUUCGCCAGAUGUGCCAGUUCGAGCGUGGGACUGCUUUGGAUCGCAGAUCUGUCCAAACAAUUCUCAUACUGAUGCUGAUUUCUGUGCUGUUGCAUUCUGUCUUUGCUCUUGUGAAGUCGAUCCCUGAGGAGAACACAUUAGGCAUCACGCGAAGCAUAAGUGACACAGCUGGAUGGCUGAUACCAGUCAUGUCCGUCGCCAACCGAGAGGUAACUACACGUGUAAUGGCCCGGCGCUUGCCAGAUCAUGGAGUGCUCCAGAGUUCCCUGUUGCUGGCGUCCACGUUAAGUUGGGUCGCGCCACUUAUGGUAAGUGGGCUGCUGAACGAUCAAUGCAUUGGUGCUUGGCGUUGGUUUUGGGAAUUGUGCGAUAUCCGAAAUGCUGCCAAGCUUGAGUUCAAGGCCAAUGGCGUACUGGUCGCGAAUAGAGAUGACUUCUGCACGGUUCCUGCUGAAUCCCAUGGCUUCUUUUGCAUGCAGUCAAUGGCAGAAUUGGCUCUUCAGUUGCUGCUACCCAAGAUGGUUUAUGACGCAUGUUUUCAGAUAGCCCAGCUGUUGUACCCAAACUGGAAGAACCAUGCUUCCCGAUGCCUUGCCCGUGUUUGUCGACGAUGUCACGAGGCUGGGAUGUGCACAGGUUCGAUGCCUGCCAAGCCUGCGAACUGGGAGGUGAGGAAAGCGGCUCUGAAGAUUCAGAGCGCGUUGCAGCAAGCCAUCCUCUUUGGGCCUUUUAUUCCAGUCAUCUAUCUCGCGUGCUUUCUGAACACGGGCGCCCACUUGCUCAGAAUGAAGGGCUUCCCAAUGGAAACUUCCGAGAACGCAAGAAGCUUGGACCUAGCGCUUGAAGAAAUGAGCUCGUCGCAAGCGACGGAAGCUUCGCAAGAAUCGCCUGAGGCGACGUUUCACGAAUUCAUGGGAAGCCAGUUCUCAUUUCUAGUGCUGCUCCGCUUUGUCGUUGCAUUUUUCUUUUGCUCCGCGAUGAAAGGGCCCUGGGGUGCUCUUUCCUUUGUAGCUGGCUGUGCUUUGAAUCUGGUUUCGUUUUGUCCACCAUGCAGGCGUCAAAGAUGUCAAGCAGACAGACCAGUGCAACCCAGCACCUAA